AGGAGGCGGCGGCCGCCGCGCUCAGUUCUGCCGCGCCGCGGGAGGGAAACGCGAGGCAGGAGCAGGCGGCUGGGCUCGGCAGCGCAUCCAGCGCAGCGCGGCGCCCCGGGCCCGGCCCCAUGCCCUCAGCCCCGCCGGACCGCCCUUGAGCACGGGCGCCCUGCCCGCGCCCCCCGCCCGCCGGCACCAUUGCCCCGACGGCGCGGCCUGGCGGCCCGGCGCUCCCCAGGCUCCGCGCCGGCCGGAAGACGCUGCUGGCAGCCGCCGCGGGCGUGGUGAUGCUGCUGGUGCUGGUGGUGCUGAUCCCCGUGCUGGUGAGCUCGGGCGGCCCGGAUGGCCACUACGAGAUGCUGGGCACCUGCCGCAUGGUGUGCGACCCCUACCCCGCGCGGGGCCCCGGCGCCGGCGCGCGGCCCGACGGCGGCGACGCCCUGAGCGAGCAGAGCGGCGCGCCCCCGCCCUCCACGCUGGUGCAGGGCCCCCAGGGGAAGCCGGGACGCACAGGCAAGCCGGGCCCUCCCGGGCCCCCGGGGGACCCGGGUCCUCCGGGUCCUGUGGGGCCACCCGGGGAGAAGGGUGAGCCGGGCAAGACCGGCCCUCCCGGGCUGCCGGGCGCGGGGGGCAGCGGCGCCAUCAGCACGGCCACCUAUACCACGGUGCCGCGCGUGGCCUUCUACGCCGGCCUCAAGAACCCUCACGAGGGUUACGAGGUGCUCAAGUUCGACGACGUGGUCACCAACCUAGGCAACAACUACGACGCGACCAGCGGCAAGUUUACAUGCAACAUUCCCGGCACCUACUUUUUCACCUACCACGUCCUCAUGCGCGGCGGCGACGGCACCAGUAUGUGGGCGGACCUCUGCAAGAACGGCCAGGUGCGGGCCAGCGCCAUUGCCCAGGACGCAGACCAGAACUACGACUACGCCAGCAACAGCGUGAUCCUGCACCUGGACGCGGGCGACGAGGUCUUCAUCAAGCUCGACGGAGGCAAAGCGCACGGCGGCAACAGCAACAAAUACAGCACAUUCUCCGGCUUCAUCAUCUACUCCGAUUGAGCUCCUCGCGACCCCUCCAUCCCCUAUCCCCCCGGAGAUCCCCUCCCGGCGGGGCAGAGGAUGACCCGUCCCCCUACCCACACCCCCUCGCUGCCCGCCACGGCCGCCGGCUUCUCCCGGCUAUGACGCCCCCGGCCUGCCCUCACCACCGUCCGGGCCGCAGCUAGCCCUCCCGCCGUCUCGCCGCAGAGCCGGGUCCAGCGCGCCCCGUCCCGGUUCCCCGGGAGGCCGUGUCGACCGCCCCCGCCCCCGCCCCGGCCGGCACUGUAUAUUUGUACAAUAGGAUUGUUUUUGCCCACCUGACCCACCAGCCCGCCCCAGCUGGGGGAGAGGUCUCGGCGGGGUCGCUCCCUGUGGUGGGAUGCGCUGCCCACCCGCUCUGGGGUGGCGCUGCCUGGGGGAGCGGUGUAUUGGGUGCUGGAUGGCUUCCCAGCUACAGCCCUGGCCGGCUUGCGCCCCGUCUGACCAAAGCUAUAAUAAAACACUUCCACCCCGCUGGCUUUCCGCUGUGCCCUGGAGAGGAGUCGCAGGAGGGGACCACGAACCCUGCCCUCCUCCAGGCUGGGAACGAGUCUGCUGAAAGCUUCUCGUGGAUCCGUGGGGAGCCAGGGGCCAGAGCCAGAGCUGCUCCAGGAGGAGGUGGGCCGAGGACCCCAAUGCCCCACCACAGCCCAAGUGGGCCUGGGCAGCUAGAAGAGGAGGCAGCCCAGUUACACCAUCAUUUUCCAGGGUGGAAAAGCUCCAUCUUUUCGACCUUGAAAGUGGCAUCAGCAUUCCAAAGGCACAGCAAGUUUUAAAUUGGGAAACCCAGGUUCCGGUCCCAGUGCCACGGUGUAGAAUCCUGGCCGUGUCACUCUUUUCUGACUCAGUUCUGGGUUAGUGACAGCAGUGAAAGGAACAAGCUUUGCAUUAAAUGCUGGCUGACCCUGACCCAAGCACUUCACCCCUGGGCCUCAGGUUUCUCAUUAUAAUAUGUAAGUGAGGAGACCUAACCUACCUCACUUGACUGAGGAUUAAAGAGGUAUCAUGUAUAUGCUCAAUAAACACA